AUGAAGGAUAAUUAUUUACGUUAUCAACGGCAGACACAAAAUGUCGAUGUUCAGCCAUAUUUAUCUGGCGAUAAACAAGCAGUUCCUGAGUUGUGUUUGCUCUCAAAACCCCAGAUUUUUAUAAUCUUUACUGCAAUUGUGGUACUUACUCUGUACCUGCUGUUGCGUCGAAGAGUUGACUACUCUUUAUGCAACAAAUCUUUUCAUGGCUUUAAUGUUCUGAUCACUGGUGGUUCAAGCGGGAUUGGUCUGUCUUUAGCGAAGCUGUUUUACAAGACUGGUGCUAAUGUUACAAUUGUUGCCCGUGAUCUAGCAAAAUUGGAGUGUGCAAGAGAAUCUAUAAAGUGUGAGAAGAACGGGAACAAUAAUGUAUUCAUUUUAUCUGUUGAUUUGACUUCAAAUUAUGAAGUAUUAAGUGAAGUCUUCAGUAAACAUGUAACAGCUCAUGGAUCUAUUGAUAUAUUGAUAAAUUGUGCUGGUUAUGCUGUUGCACGCAAUUUUUUGGAUACAUCUAUAAAUGAUAUUGAAGGCAUGCUAAAAACGAAUUAUUUGUCUGCAGUUUAUGUAACACGUAUCUUACUACCUUAUAUGUUGGAACAAAAAGCUCAUCAACCUCAUGAACAACGUAUUGUUUUUAUUUGUAGUCUUGCUAGUCAAAUAGGCGUUUAUGGUUAUACAGCUUAUACAGGAAGUAAAUAUGCUUUACGUGGAUUUGCAGAAGCCUUAGAAAUGGAAUUAGGACAUAAAGGUCCGUAUAUUACAAUAGCUUUCCCACCAGAUACAGAUACUCCAGGAUAUGCUCUUGAAAACACUGGCAAGCCAGCAGCUACUAAAGAAAUAUCUUCAACUGCAGGUCUAGCCUCCCCAGAUAAUGUAGCUAAAUCAAUUUAUAUGGACAUCAUAAAUGGAAAGUUAGUAAGCACAUAUGGACUAGAAGGAUCACUCUUGUCCUGGUUAACUGCUGGUAUCCUUCCUCCUGUGAGUGUACGAUGUCGUUAUCUAUCAGAUUUCUUUCGAGUUAUAAUCGGUGCUUCAUUGGAGAUUGCAGCUGCAACACCGCUUCGUGCUGUUGGUAUAUUCUAUGCUUUUUGGAUGAAAUAUAUUACAUAUAAGCAUAAUAAGUGA